GCUGUAUUUUGACGGUUUUGAUGGAUGGAUAGUUCAACAGUCUUCGGAAAACCGGUUGAAUAUUUUAAGAAAAUAAUUUGAAUUUUAUCUCAACUAUACGAUGCAUAAGACACCGCAACGAACAAAUAGACAGUCUAGCCAAUACUCGGCUAGCCCGUUCACCCCUCCAAAGUAUACGAGUAGUUUGAGUCAGGAACUGAAACAAGUUUUAUUUGAGCGGAAUUUACUAACAGCAAAAUCACGCAAGAAAGUAUGUAGUAUGCUGGAUAGCAUGUCGCCGAAAGUUUCUCCCGGUAAAUCCAAUGACGUCAACAAGAGGAAAAAUUUUCGUCUGCAAGCAGUACAGGAAAUACUCACCUCUGAACGUAGCUACAUCAAUCAACUGCAAAUUUUGAUGAAAUACUUCGUUAAUCCGCUGAAAGAACAGGAUGUACUCAGCAACGAUGAAUUCACCAUCCUUUUCGGUCAAAUCGAAAUGAUCUACAAUCUGAAUACGGAAUUGUUGAAGAGCUUGGAAAGUGAUUUGAGUAAAGUGGGGAAGGCAUUUCUGAGGCUGGCUCCGUUUUUCAAACUCUAUUCCGUCUAUGCAUUCGACUACAAUCGGUCACAAAUUGUCUUGCAGGAGCUAACCGAGAAGAACCAAAGAUUUCGUAAAUUUUUGGAACAAACUGAAUCGCGGCCCGAAGUACAGACGAAAUUAAUGUCAUUGUUGAUAUCGCCGAUCCAACGGGUUCCCAGAUAUCGACUCUUGUUGCAACAGGUCAUCCUAUACUCGAGUCCUGUCGACGACGAUGAUUUCAAGAUACUCCAAGAUUCCUUCAAAGAGGUGGAAAACACUGUGUCACAUAUGAAUUCUGUCGUACAAGAGCAGGAAGUCACUCAAAUGGUGAUAAAUUUGCAAAAUUCGCUGGUCGAUCAAGUACCGAAAAUUAUCAAGCCGAGUCGCAAAAUCAUUAAGGAAGGAGUCUUACAGAAAAUGUCCAGUAGUGGGGUAACGCUGAAACGAUACUGUGUACUGAUGUCGGACAUAUUUAUGUACUGCAAAAUAUUGAAGGAUCGCAAUAAGAAUACGAUGGUAUCCAACUCCCUGCAAUGCUCAUGCAUUUUCCCGUUGAAAAAGUGUCGCAUAUCGGAGGUCUUUCCGGGAACUUUCAAAAUAACUUGCCAGGGUGACGGAAUCAUUUUGUGUGCUGACGAUGUGGGAAUCAGUAAGUGUUGGAUGACGGCGAUUAAAGAGACAAUUGAAUUGCAUAUCCAGUGCCGAAAAACCAUUCGGAAAGGGUCGAGUAAGCGAACACCCAUGAGAAACAAAGCUCUGAAGAAUUUUGAAGUGGAUGAAGUGUUGAGCCCGACGAAGAAGAAAUACGAUUAUGAUUCGGUGUAUCGGUGCAGUGACUUCUCCGAUUCGGAGUCAGAUAUUGAAGAGCACAAUCGUUGCUUCAAUUUCGACACUCCAAGCCUAUUCGGAAAGCGAAAGCAUUCAGACGUUGAUGACAAGGACAAGAGAAAAGUCAGUGAACCGGAUGUUGUUCCAAGGAAAAUGUUCAGAAAUUGGUUUCGUAAAGGUCCGGCCGAAGUUGAGUCGCAAAACGGUGACGAUUUUGAUCCGACUUACGGGUUUGCAAAGCAGCUGGAAAAUCGCACGUACAUACGUAAUAGCAAUGCAGUAGACACAAGCAUUCCGAUUGCCAGCAUGGAUUAUAUGGGCGUUGAUUAUCAGGAUGUCUUAUAUCCUCUUCGUACGAGCACUGGCAGUAACGACAGUUCUGCUUCAGCUUACUACAACACUAGCAACGGUCACCGAUCAAACGAACACACCAAAUCGCCCGCUGUAUCUACGACCACAUCAAAUUUGAAUGCAAAUGUGUUUCUGCCGGUAACUCCAACCCGGAAAAGGGUCAAAUUUGAUGAACGAUCGAACAAAGUGAAUUUUUUCCGACGACAUCCCCAUCAGUAUCACCAUAAGCCGCAACAUACCAAAGGUUAUUUGUUUAACGCUCAGCUCGACGAUAACGAAAAAUUGACGUUCCGACAGAGAAUCACGAAUUUCUUCGCGAAUUUGUUUUAAAAAUGUUUACGGUUCGUGUGUAUUCGCGCCGUAUAAGUAUGUCUAAGUACUGAAAUGUUGAAAACUUUCUGUAGUGGUCACACAUCAAAAAUAGAGUUGAUUUUCAGUUAGAAGA